AUGGAGGGUGUUCUAAGAGACAACAUGCAUGCAGUAAUGCACCGCACAAAGCCAGUUGCGUUUCUGUUUAAGUUUCUGGAGAGGUUGGCGAACCAGAGCCGGUCCUUCCGCUCCCUGGCUUGUCUGAGCGUAAUUCUCGCUGCCAUCUCGGUAAGAGUCAGCAGGAGACGAAAGCAGAGAGAGGCACAACUCAAGUCCGCAGUCGCCAAGCUCAAGAGAUUGCAGCUUCCUCCCGGUCCGUGGGGCUGGCCCAUCCUGGGCAUCAUACCAUCACUGGACAGAGAGGCCCCUCAGUACACCAUCGCGGAAAUGAGCAAGACCUACGGCCCCGUUGUUAGCUUCAGACUUGGCAGUCACCUCGUCGUUGUCCUAAAUGACUACGACAGCAUCAGAGAGGCUUUCGUCAAAUCAGGCGACACAUUCAGUGACAGACCACGUCUCACCAUGUUCAAUGAGGUACAUGAAGGCAUGCCGGGUGGAGGUAUCGUCUUGUCCUUCUACGAAAACCACUGGAAAGAACAGAGACGGUUCGCCCUGAAAGCCCUGAGGUCCCUCGGUAUGGGUAGGGCCGCCAUGGAGAGCAAAAUCUGCACCGAGGCUCGCCACAUCGUCCAGAGCUUCGACGAGCAGAAAGGAGAGCCCUUCCGCUCGGCCAAGAUCACCGGGCUGGCCGUGUCGAACAUCAUCUGUCAGUUGACCGUGGGUAGACGUUGGGACUACGGCGACCCUUACUUCCUUCGUAUUGUGUCACACAUGAUGUACUUAUUUGAAGAGAUGGGUGUCAAUGCUAGCAAUGUCCUACCUUGGCUGAAGUACGUACCCGGGAGCGGCUACAGGAGACUCCUGGAAGUGAGGACCGUCAUUCGCGACGAGUUCUACAUGCCACAGGUAAGGGAACACGUUAGAACCUUCGACCCCAACAACAUCCGAGACUUCACAGACGCCUAUCUUCAAGAGUACUACCUCAAGUACGACUCGGUGUACGCUUCCAACGAAGACGCCGUCGUAGCAGCCCUGGCCGACCUCUUCGGUGCCGGCACGGACACCACCGAGACCGUAUUAGACUGGUUCCUGAAGAUGAUGAUCAAACGCCCUGACGUCCAGGAGAAAUUACAACAGGAGAUGGAUGACGUAGUGGGACGUCAUCGGUUGCCUCAAUGGUCGGACAGAUCGAAGCUUCACUACAUGCAGGCAACGUUGAAUGAGGUGUUGAGAUACACAUCGGCGGGACCCUUUGGCGUCCCUCAUUCACCGAUCGAAGACACAGAGUUCCGCGGGUACUACAUCCCCAAGGAGGCGGUUGUGAUCGCCAAUAUUCACGCAGUGCUCUACAACCCAGACGUCUUCCCUGAGCCAGACGUCUUCAGGCCCUCAAGAUUCUUAGACGCAGAAGGGAAAUUUUUCAAGCACGAGCACAUGAUACAGUUUGGAAUUGGUCGACGUGGCUGUAUCGGUGAGCAACUGGCCCAAAUGGAACUAUUCACAUUCAUCACGCACAUCUUCCACCAGUUCACACUGACUGCACCAGACGGUAACCCUGAGAACGUCAGCCUUGCUAGUCACCUCGGUCUCUCGAAAAACGCAUUACCCUACGAGCUACGCGCCAUCAGACGAAAGAACAGUGACAUACAAGAAAACGCACGAGAUAUGAUAUAGUAACUUAGUCCAUUGUGAAUGUAUAUAUUAUUGUAAAUUGUAAAUAGAAAGAUAUUUUUAACUUUUGUACAAAAUAUACCUUUAUAUAAGCAUGUGUCAUUAAAGGUACUGUACACCUUUGAUUAUUGUCAAAGACCAGUAUUCUCACUUGGUGUAUACCAACAAACGCAUAAACAAACACAUCUGUGAACAGUGGGGCUCAAUUGGGCCUCAGAGUUGCACAAAAUAAAGAAAAAACAAACACCAUUUUUACACAAAUUGGUGCGCUUUUAGAUGUCUGAGAAAGGCCAGACGUCUUUCCCCAGAUUCAAAUAUUUUAGUGAGAAAUUGCCCCUUUCUCAAAAACUACGUUACUUCAGAGGGAGGCGUGUCUCAUACAGUGUUGUUUAGGAUCAACAGCUCUCCACUGCUCAGUGCCGUACAGACACAACGUUUUACAACAUUAUUGUAAUACUUAUUGUAGGAGCAACAUUUUGUAAAGGUUGGUGAUAAAACCGCUUAUGCUUGCCUCAAACACAAAUUUUUUUCAGAACCAAAUGUGUGUAAUCACCAGGGGGCGAUUAGCCACUGAUAUCUUUUUCGUUUGACUAACAGCUUAACAAUUUUACGGAUUAUGUUUUUAUCGGGCUGCAACUGAUUAAAUUUAAUCCACUGUUUGUUCUUCGCAUGAACAGGUUGGGUUCAGAUGGACAAAGGGAAAGAUGCAACUUAAAACUAUAAAAUAUCAUUUAUAUAGCUCAAAGAAAACGUAUACGUUUAACUUCAUUUUUACAUUGUUAUGGCAUUACAAACUGUUGGUUAGAAGCCCGCAGCAGCAGCCUUCGGUAGUACAUAUAAAGUAUGUUGAGAAACGUGGUUAAUGUACACAGAUGUCAGCCUUUAUUCCCCCAAAUUUGCAUCUGAGAAUCCACUAACGCUUUUUAGAUUGUUCACUCCUUUUACUUUUACACUUUUGUAUUGUAGACAUCUACAUGUUUGAAACAAUCGAACGGUUCGAGAAAAAAAAACAGCUUUCUUAGCCUUUAUUAAUAAAAUUUAGCCGCACAUUGUUAUCUCCAAACAGGAUAAAAUGUCCCUCAAUGAAAGCACAGAUAAAGGGAAGUCCUGGUUAUUAAACAUUGCUAUUCCUUUAGGGGCUGUAGCGGUCUCACCCCCUACUAUGGCAAUGUCAACGGCAUCGACAGUUGUAUAAUAUUAUAGCUCAA